CCCAGAUCCUGGCCGGAGCCCAAACGUCAAGCACACCGGAAGUUUAGACCGUUGCUCCGGGUGAACGAAGUGAAUAUUGACAACCUCACUUCGAACCACAAAUACUACUUACCCCUUUAUUACCCUAUUCCCUCACCAAUGGCGUUCAGUUCUAAUAUCGAUGUUGAGGGCGCGACGCAACAUCUCCGAGACAUUCUGAAGCUUGACCGUCCCGGUAACAUCACUGAUGCACAUUCUGGUGAUGGUCAGAGACGGAUGUCCUUUAAUGGAGAGCUGAAUGGCCUAUUGGGAACAGCAGGUCUUCUUGGAGGGGGUGAUUUGUCAACCAUGUCAGACUCCACCAGACCAAUUUCCACAGAUGUGACCAGCGUUCCUCAGGAUACCCAGAUAAUACACCUCUCUGGUGACGAUCGAUCUACCUGUAUCGCCAUCACUUCAGAAGAUGUGGAGAUUGUGGCGAGUGAGGACUCCAGCAUCAAUAGCAAGGCUCGAGGUAGCAACAUGGUGAAAAUCAAGCCAGUUGCCAAAUAUGAAUGGGAGCACAAGUAUCAUUAUGGCAGACUUAUUGCUGUGUCAAAUUCCUUCAUGGCGUAUGCAAUUAGAGGAGCCAACAACCAGGCCAUGAUACGUGUAUUGAGUGUGGGCACUGCAGAGCGUUCCCUACUGAAAGGCUUCACUGGUGCUGUCACAGAUCUGGCUUUCGCCCACUUGGACUGCUCUCUGUUGGGUUGUGUAGAUGAAGCUGGCAACUUGAUGGUUUGGCAGCUCACAUGUACCGGAAACACGAUACUAGAUCAGAUAAUUAUUCAUAUCCGAAGGCCACAGGACACUCUGCUGAACUCGCAUCGCCGUCUCAUUUGGUGCCCUUUCAUCCCAGAGGACAAUGAGGUCAACAACCAGGAUGACACAAACCAGACCUUGGCCCUUCUACACGAAGACAGGGCAGAAGUUUGGGACCUUGAAGUCUUGAGGGCCAGCAAUGUCAGUUGGCCUGUUGAUGCCGCAGAUUUGAAAGAAGGUCUCAUCACAGUAACUGGUUAUACUCAGCGUGUCAGUGAAGGGGCCCUAUCUCCAGAUGGAACUGUGUUAGCCACAGCCAGUCAUGAUGGAUACAUUAAGUUCUGGCAGAUAUACAUAGAAGAAGGGAAAGACAAGCCAAGAUGUCUUCAUGAAUUACGUCCUCAUGGGGGACGCCCCCUUUCCUGCCUUCUUUUCUGUGACAACCACAAGACGCAGGACCCUGAGGUUCCAUUCUGGAGGUUUCUGAUAACUGGAGCAGAUCAAAACCAAGAAUUGAAGAUGUGGUGCACUGUUUCCUGGACCUGUUUACAGACAAUCAGAUUCUCUCCAGAUCCAAUAAACUCAACGGUUCUGCCCAGUUUGAAGGCGAGUCUGGAUCUUUCUGCUGAGUAUCUCAUCCUAACCGACGUACAAAGAAAGGUUCUCUAUGUGAUGCAGCUGAGACAAGACCUAGAAAAAGGCAAGGCGAGGUUCACCGCUGUUUCAGAGUUUCUACUGACCCAUCCUGUUCUCAGUUUUGGAGUUCAGGAUGUUACCCAAUGCCGUUUUCGGGACACUGAAGAUCUUCCUGCAGAGGAAGAGAGUGAGAGCACUACAACAGAGGGGACUCAAGGACCCACAGAGUCAAAAUCCGGCAUUCAGAUUAAACUCUACUGUGUUCACACCAAGAGUCUACAGGAUGUCCAGAUUUGGUUCCAGCCAAAUACGGGCUCCAACUCAAGUUUCCUAUCCCAUUCUAAUGCGCCAGAUGGUUUUGGGUUUUCAGACCAUCUGACGGACCAGAGUUCUGACAAGGACUCCGGGAGUGGCUCCCAGACAGACCUAAACAUGCCUUCUCUUCCUGCCCCUGUUGAUUUCCUGUCAAAUACAACCAAUGGCAAUGGGUCAAUGCCCAAGUUGAUGACUCCUGAUGCCUUCAUGACACCAAGCACAUCGGUGCCUGCAUCUCCUGGUAGUAGUGCGAGCAGUCUGACAAUUGUAACCGCAAUCAGCAGCAACUCAACAGACUCAACCAAUAGACCAUCAGAUGACAUUAGUCAGAGUCCCAACAGGGCAGAUCAUAGUAAUAAUUUGGCACUCCCUACUUCCAGUAGCAGUCCAAGACCUACUUCUUCGCUCUUGCCUGGAUUGGAGAACAUCCAAGCAUUGGCAUCCACUAGCGCUCCAAUCGGGAUUGACAGCCCUCUGGUUCUAGAUUCUCCACUCUUCCCACCACUUGCCUCCCCAACGAGGGCCCGUUCACCUGAUGUUAUCUCCUCGGCAUCCACUGUCAUGUCUCAGGACAUGCCAGAGAUUGCGUCACAGACCAUACAGCUUCAGCAUGGUCUUGUGUCCACUUUGGACUCUUUACCUAUGUCUGCUCUUCAGACUGACAGCAUGGCCUCUGCUGCCUCUGCUCUACAUUUGCUCACGUCGCCACGAUCAGCCAACAGCAACAGCCUGUUGCCUCUUGAGCUCGGAUGUGUAGAUGGGGCUGUUGGAGCGUCUCUGGAGUCGGAGCACAGACUGAGCCAAACCCCAUCUUUACUGGAGACUGUCUUAUCACAGGAAAACCCCGGGCUCGGAGGAGUGUCCACAGAUAGCAGCAUGAGCCACACUUCUUGGCCAGCUGCUCCUGACAUCACCAGGGAAACCAGGAAUAGGGACAAUAGUCUUGGAGACUGCUCUAGAGAUGAACCAAAAGACAGACUGCUGAGUUCACCAUACACAUGCCGGUCCUAUCACCACACACAGAAUGAAAGUCAAGAUGCUGGUGCUGAACAAAGUGCUGAAUUCAGUGAUCCUGAUGACGAUGUGACUGCCUCACCAUCUUCCUCAGUUAAUUGUGGCCCUCACUCCUCUCAUAGACUACUAGUUAAUAAAGACUGGAAGACUUCACCAAGAGGCUCACCAAAGCUCAAGAGGAAGAUCAAAAAAGCUGACAGAAGUGAAUCACCCCAGUCAAGACCAUUGGACUCUGGUCAGAUGAACGCAGAUGUGCAACAGGAGUUGUUGAUGUUUCUCAGAGGCCAACAGAGGGAGUUAACUGAACUACGUGGACAAAUAGAGACCAUGCAGAGCUCCAUAAUGGCUCAAGUAGAGCAUGCUUUGACCAACCAUCAAGAACAAGAAAAGUGCAGACUAGAACGUGUUCUGUCAGAGAUGCGGACCCAGCAGCAGCAUCAAGAACAACUCAGCCAACAGCUGAGCCAGAACCUCUGCUCUUCAAUUACAAACAGGGUGGACAAAGUGCUUCGAGAGGAGAUGAAGAAAACUGUUCCGCCAACCAUUUCAAAGAGUCUGGAGCCAGUUACCGCUCAGUUGAACAACUCUAUUUCCGCUAAACUGACUUCUGUAGAACUCACCUUGAAGGACAAUGUAAGCAAGGUUGUCAAAUCCAAGAAUACAACUGAUGCAAUUGGCAGAGCAGCUGCAGAGGCGAUGCAAGGUCCUAUCCAGGCAGCUUACAAAGAUGCCUUCCAGAGCAUUGUGCUGCCGGUUUUUGAGAGAGGAUGCCAGUCCAUGUUUCAGCAAAUUAAUGACAGUUUCAAGCAAGGAACACAUGAAUACAUACAGCAGCUUGAGGCCCAUGCAAAGAGCAAGAAGCAGAGGGAGCAGGAAAUGCGAGACCCUGUGAUUGACCAACUACAGCAGAUGAUGGAAAGCUUCCAAGGCUCCACCGACCACCUGGCAAAUAACGUCGCAGCUAACAUUCGGGCUGAAAUCCAACAUCAAAUCCAAAUAAUGGUGGGAAAUUUGCAGGAGUCAAUUAUUGGUCAUGUACAGCGUAUUGUCAAAGGGGAGGUGAGCCUAGCGAUGAAGGAGCAGCAGGCAGUGGUCACCUCCAGCAUUAUGCAGGCAAUGAGGUCAGCAGCUGGCACCCCUGUCCCUACAGCGCAUCUAGACUACCAGACACAGCAAGCUAACAUCCUGCAGCUCCUUCAGCAGGGACAGCUCAAUCAGGCUUUCCAGCAGGCUCUGUCAGCAACAGAUCUGAACUUGGUGUUGUAUGUGUGUGAGACCAUCGACUCUGAGCAGGUGUUUGGACAACACCCCUGCCCUCUCAGCCAGCCUGUGCUGCUGUCACUCAUUCAACAACUCUCCUCUAAUCUUACCACUCGCUCUGAGCUCAAAAUCAGUUACCUAGAGGACGCGUUGAUGAAUCUGGACAAGGCUGACCCUCGGACAAGAGAUCACGUGUCGUCCAUGCUGACCCAGCUCAGACCGAAGCUCUUCGCUUUCCUGCAGCAGGACCCUCACAGCCCUCUCUUCAGGAGGGCGCGGCGCCUGAUGAUGAUGCUGCAAGGACUCGUCAACAACUAGUCUGUUGCAAAGAAGACACAGAAGAAAGAUUUUUCUAAGACAAACUGAUGUUGACUCCCGUUUCUUGCGUUUCCACAAAUGUGAGCGGAGGGAGAGCAUGAUUAUUUGUAAAAUUCCAGAACAACUUCUGUCCAUUUUUUUGUAUGAUUUUUUUUUUUUUUGCUGACAUGACCGUUGGUGUUACUGCUGCACCUGGGAUCUGGAGCUGCAAGUAAGCAUAAGAACUACAGGAGCUGAAGCACAUGGAGGUACUUUAAUCUGUGUGGGUGAUUAGUAUAGACUGUGUCCUCCUGGGGACCUCAGAUGCCCGCCUUCAUUUUCCUCCUAUUUUAUUUGGGACUAUUCAUUCUUUUUUCUAUCUUGUGUAUUUAUAAUGGGCUGAGUAUCCACUAAGCAGAUUUUUCAGUUUACAGUUUUCCCCAGAUAACCUCCCAGGUUGCUAGUUUGGUCUAUGCUAAGAGUGCUUUGAAGGCCUUUGUGCAGGUCUGCGUAAGACUUAAAGACAUGUUCAUCUCCGUGGUUGACAUCAAACCAUGUUGUUCUGUUUGUCCGGCACAAAAGUCGUGUUUGUUAAUCUUGUCAAACAAUUGUACGUUACAUCAAAGCCCAGAGGAGCUUGCUUUACUUUAUGGCGUUUCCCUGAAGAGGAUCAGUUCAGUCAGUCGGCUUCCUAUAAGGUUGUAGUUUGAUCCUGUUUUGGUAUUAAGAAUAGUACUGAAUGCAUAAUAGUAUGUUUAAAAAAGAUUUGAAAGCAUAUCACACUUUUUAUUUUUGUCCUUUCUCAAUUAAGGCUUCCAAAUGUUGUAGAGCAGUCACAAAACAAUUCUCACAGCUUGAUUGCUGCUGCCGUCCAUCGAUACCAGCGAUAAAAGACCUUCAUUCAGUCCUGUUUUCUUAUCUACGUUGUUCCAUUUUUAAUACAUUUAUUUUUUGUUAAAACAUGUACACUUGCUUGAACAGUAUGAAACCAGUGGUAAAGUAAUAAAACUAAUAUUUUAUCAGGAAAUUUCAGUUUGCAAAUUGGAUGUGCAGUUACUUGCCAUGAGCGAUAGGAGGCAACACUUGACAGUGCAGCGCUUAAAUCUGCUGUUCAUGGAGUCUGCCUUCAGGCCCAACAUGCACUCUUUGCUCAUGUUUAUGUGUAGCUCCUUAACAAACGACACGGUUUCUCUGCUGCAUGCUCACGUCUGCUGACCAUAAAAUUGAUUUGGACAUUUAUAUUUGGAAUGUGUUAAGUUAGAGUUGUCUAGCCAAGUGCCUUACUGCGUUUUAGCAUUUUUUCCAUGGACGUGUAAUCCUGUUUAGGCCUUUAAGGACUAAUCAUGAGGCAUUGCCACUUAAGUCUAGUUGACCUUUGCGAGCAUUUAUGUCAUUAAUAGGAAGUUUGUUGUGGGGUCUAAAGUGCGACUCGAGCAGCACAGCAGGGAAGAGCCCGUUUAUUUAGCUUUGAAACAUCUUAAAACCCAUAUGCCACUUAUUUGGCCGUAAGUACUAUUUGGACUAUAUCGACCUGUACGCUUCUAAAGAUGAUUGUUUGCUUCACCCGGGAAUGGAGCACAAGUGAAGCUAAAGUGUACCCUUUCGACUGUUUAGUUUGCUGUUUGGAAGACUAUCUUUUACAAUUUAUUUUACCCAAUAAACAUUUUGGAAUAAAAAAAAUCUUGCUGAAUUGAAA